AUGUCACUUGUUUGUUCGCCAAGUGCUGCUGCUUUUACUCUCACUGAAGCCGAUCUUCUCAAUCUUGUAACGGAGAAGAGAAACAAGAAGCUCCUUGAACGGCAUAUCGAUAUCCAGAUCGACUGCGAAUUGACAUUGAAUGCCGCUGGUAACACUCAAGUGCAUCUCAAAGCAACAAAAUGGAGCGGUUCAAAUGACCUCUGCGGCAGUUGCCCCUGUUGCAUUCUGAUUGUUGAUGGCUUGCAACGCGAAUUACGGAAUAGUGGUGUUUAUAACCACUUCGAAUCCAUUAUCGGACCCGUGAAGGGUGGAAGUCAGAAAACUUUAUGCUUCAAAUAUAAACUGAGAAAGCUUGAGUACCACAGAGACCCUUCCGCAUGGCAGAUCGACGGAGUAACUGAGACCACCUGGGAUCUUCACCUUGCGCUCCUACGAGGUACUCUUUUUCUUGCUCCAAGAAGUGCUGGCGUGGAGAUCGGACAAAAGCCCAUUGGUAUCAAUGUUGCUUUUGAGCUAUUUGGAGUUGAGAAUGAUGAGCUUGCUAGGGUUUUGAAACUGCAUCGACGUCCACUCGCCUCCACGACACUCUCGAAUUCUAACGUAGCCAAGAUACAGACUUGGAUCGCAGACUGCGAAACUGCUCACAACAAUUGCUUUUCACCGAAUACUAAUGUUUUUUUACCUACACGACUACUCGAAUUGGACAAUCCACAUUGCGGAGAUGGCGUGAAGCUGAUUUUAUCUGCUGACAUUGUCAAGACUGGUGCAGUGGAAGCAGCGCACAGUCGGUACAUGGCAUUGAGCUACUGUUGGGGCCCUCCCGAGGGGUGGUUGACCACCAAUCUCGAAACAUUGUCGACAAGACUUUCACUUAUUGCUCUCGAUUCAAUGCCCCUAGCAUUUCGAGAUGCAAUCAGACUGGCACGAAUCCUGGAUAUUCGCUACCUGUGGAUAGACAGUCUUUGCAUCAUUCAGGAUGAUAAAGAAGAUUGGGAGAUAGAGUCAAGUAAGAUGGCGGAGAUAUUCAGCAAUGCAUAUCUUACUGUGGUGGCAUCGUAUGGCGCUACUUGCAACGAAAGCUUUUUACGGAGAGCCCAUAUGCCAAAAAGCUGCACGGUGCCUGUCAAGCUUUCCAACGGAAUAAAUGGGAAAUUUGGUCUCAGAUAUCGUCGACACGGGCUUACGGACAAAAUGGCUGAGUUUCACAAUGGAAAGUGGGUUUCCAGAGGCUGGACAUUCCAAGAGGAAAGGUUGGCAAAGCGUGUACUUAUGUUUGGAGAGAACAAAUUCUUUUUCGACUGCAAAACAUCAGAAAAGUCUGAAGACACUGAUCGCUCUAGGAAGCGACCGGAUUGGGUUACCACCGUGCAGGACAAAUCCACCGACGAUCGAUAUCGGGUACCUCGUCCUGUCGAUACUAACAGCCAAGUCUUCAAAGGGCAAACAUAUUUUGAUCACUGGCAAACACUUUGCAGUCAUUAUUCCCACCGCGAAUUAAGUUUUGCUUCAGAUAAGCUACCAGCAAUCUCAGGAAUAGCCAAGCAAACCGCCAAAAGAGUGAACUCCGAGUACCUCGCUGGCCUAUGGCGGAUGCAUUUAAUGCACGAUUUGUUCUGGAAUACAAAAUGCCUCGCAACACGACCUGAUGUCUACCGUGCGCCAUCUUGGUCAUGGGCAUCAGUUGAGGGCCACAUCGCAUGGCCGACAUGGCGAUGGUGUGGCCCAGAACACUGUGAGCAAUUCAUGCAAAUUCUUGAAGCCAAAACUGUGGUGGACGGAGCGGAUCCAUAUGGCGCUGUCAAAGAUGGGUAUCUCAAGAUAGUUGGUAAGACUGUGGAAAUUGAUCGUCCAACAGCCGCUGAUAUGAUGCCCUCGUCGAGAGAGCAGACAUGGCAUGCAUUGUAUAGAGGGCAGUCAUUUACGAAUGCGCGACUCGAUACGGCGAUACCUGAUGGAGAAGGCGGUGAUAAGCUCUACGCAUUGUUAGCAGCAAAGUGCAAGAUGAAGAAGGCGCAAAACCCUGUACCAAGGGGUCUGCUGCUGGAAAAAGCGGACACCAUUCGACAAGAUGGUCUGCCAGUGUUCCGGCGCGUAGGCGUGUUCCGCGUCAACGACGGAGAAGGAAACUCACCCGGAGCAUGGCAAUAUUCCGAAAACCAGACUCUGGUCAUCAUCUGA